GAGUACCUGAGAACACUUACACGCGUCGUCUGCAACAUGGAGGUAGGACAAGAGGAGAGGCCCUGCUCCCCCCGCGCACUUUACCGGAUCGAUGAUGACUUGCGGGAGCCGAACGCCAGCCAGUCCUGCAGCCGCCGCUAUAGUGAGGUCGUGAGGGAGUACUUACAGAGGCGGCAACAGCGGGGCGACGAGACGGAUGAACAUAACAUUAAGCCGUCAGAGGUGGUGACCCACCAGGCUGACCACGCGGGGCCCAACGGCGCUACCUACGUCAGCUGGGGCAACCCAGAGACUCCAGGGAUGGUUGCUUCGUGCGUGCAGCCCGUCCCUGUUAUGGAAGACCUUUGUGCAGUACAUGAAGUCCAGGAGGUCCAUUUCCCUCCCCGACUCUCCCCCUUUUCUCCCGUCACUCCGGAGUCGGGUGCAGAGUCCUACACCACGGCAAAGACACACUUGUCCUCACACAUCCCCUCACAGUCUCCUCGGUCCCGGAGUCGCUCUCAGGUACCUGUGGGUGUGGACAGCCUCCAGGCCAAGCAUUGCAAGGCGCCCCUCAUCAACAUCUUCUCUGCGGGUGGAUCUGCUAGGUUUCACACGUUCCGACAUCCGAGGCAGGACGAGGACGACGAUAGUGAUUUUGAACUUCAGCCUCCCCUGCCGAUGAACCUCCUCCAAAGUGGUCGAGUGGACAGCAACGGCAGCUUGAUCACGGAUGGGAUAUCCUACUGUUCGUCCACCCAGUCAUCCGUAUCACCCUCCAGGACCUUCGUGAUCACACCAAGAGCAAUGAAUGACGAAACUGUGGUAAACGAGUGGAGUGUAAUGCGCGACGAGGACUGCCAGGUUGAGGAGAGCCUCAUCAACCCAGUGACUCUGGAUUUUGAGCGGAAUUCAUGCCUGGAAUCUGACCCCAGCCUGUGUGACGAGGAGCACAUCGGGGAGCUGGCCUACCCGCCAGAGGAAACUGACAUCAGCUCAUACAAGCUCAAGUCAAAGUCUCCUCAGUCCUGUGAGAGCGAAGGCUCCUCAAGGUUUUCGUGGUUUUCCUCCACGCGGAAAGCGAGUCGCCAGAACAUAGCAGAGGAAGAUAAAAAGUUACAGCGUCUGCAAGUGUUUUGCUGGGUCGUGGUGGCCGUCGGCUUUCUCCUCCUCGUAGCCUCGGUAUGCCUCUACUUCGUCUUGGAUUAGUGUGGUGCUGAUGAGCUGCAGUUUUGAAGGUUGAAGCUACGUACCCUUUUCGGCUUCCAUCGUUGCCCACACCUCUUGGAUAGCUAUGUAUUACCUAAACAUCACCAUCAGCACCUCGCGCACUGGCCCUCCCACCCACCACCAGCUCCAGGGGAAGGCGUGGGAAAAAUUUGCAGCGGGCUCCAUUUGUGUGUUCUCUUGGCUGCAGGUUGCCCUGAUUUGAUUUCCCAGUGAAGUAUUAUUUUCCCCUGAAAGUUUUUAGUAAUUUUGAUUGCUAAACUAUUUCUUACUCCAAUUAAAACUAAUUAAAAGAAGUUUUAUAUUUUAAGCGAGCAAAGAAAAUGUAGUGUAGACGU